AUGCCUACAUCUACUCGCAAACCUUCAAAUGACUCUGACACCCCAGCUGAAGUAAUCUCCUCAGAUACCAGUGACUCCGUCAAAAUCGUGGAGGAGGAUUACGACUGCCUCCUGGUUGAAGAGGUUGGUAAACCCCCCAACCACUUCAACUUUGCCCAAACUGCAUUUAUUCGGGAGAGUCAUGGUCGGCCCAUCUUUGGGGUCGCCUUCAACUGUGACAAUCGUAGCUCUUCUAGUGACCCCCUUCUUUUCGCCACCGUCGGCGCUAACCAUGUGACCAUUUACCAGUGCAGGGAACUGCCACCGCCCCCAGAGGGGCAGGAUGCCACAAGCAAUCCACCUAUACACCUACUCCAGUCCUUCUCGGACGCUUCCAGCGAUGAGGAGUUCUACUGCUGUGCGUGGUCUUGCAACCUUGAUGCGCGUCGUGGUGUGGCUAAGGCCUCAAGCCGCCAACAGAUCCUUGCAGUGGCCGGCAAACGCGGCGUUAUUCGUAUCCUUUGUCCCUCCCUCUCCAAGUGUUUGGACAGUCUGAUUGGUCAUGGGCAAGCGGUGAAUGAACUGAAAUUUCAUCCUAAUCACCCAUCGCUUCUCUUCUCGUUCAGCAAGGACUUCACGGUGCGCCUGUGGAACAUCGCCACGCACGUCAUGGUGUGCAUCUUCGGUGGUGUGGAGGGUCACCGCGCCGAAGUGCUUCAUGGUGACAUCUCGCUGACAGGUGAUUUCCUCCUUACCGCCUCCAUGGAUCACACCAUCAAAAUCUGGCGACUCGACAUUCCCGAGAUGCGCAACGCGGUCAGGGCCUCUUUUGAGUACACCGACAAGCGCAAACCCUUCCACACCUUGUUGCAGCACUUUCCCGACUUCAGCACUCGUGACGCACACGGAAACUACGUGGAUUGUGCCCGGUGGUUUGGCAGCCUCGUCAUCUCGAAGUCCUGUGAGAAUGCCGUCGUUGUGUGGAUGCCUGGGGACAUCGAGUCCGCCACAUCGCCCGCUUCCCUCGACCUCCAUGACCUCCUACCCCCACGCCUUGUCGCUAUUGACAACAGCAGUGGCCGUGGCAGUGGCGCCAGGGCACGACAGAUGACGGGUGUGCCGCUAGAGACGCACUGUAGUCUGUUGCAUCAGCUGCGUCUGCCCGACUGCGACUUGUGGUAUGUGCGCUUCGAUCUCCACCUACAACAACGCCUCCUUGCUCUCGGGACGGGGGUGGGACUGCCAAGGAUAUUCCUGUGGGAUCUAUCUGACCUCGGAUCGACCCUCUCCCUUGUGCCCAAGGUCCUUCACAUCACUGCAACGGGUGCCGGCAACUUAAAUAACUUUGGGGCCAUUCGGCAGACCCGUUUCACCGGGGACGGGCGCAUCCUCGUUGCUGUGGGCGACAACGGUCUAGUUGUACGUUUUGACAGGGUCGGCUAG